AUGGAUAAGCACGAAAAGUCUCAGUUGCAUGAUCAAAAUGCCUUAUCCAUGACGAACAGGAACAAAACGAUUAUAGAUGAAACUGCAUUGUUAAAGAAAUACCAGUUUUUAAACCAGUUUUCAACCCAUCAGUUCUCGUCACAAGUUUAUGCACUUGCACAAUUACUAUUAGAUGCUAAUGCACCAGCCAUUGGUGUUGAUAGUACAGGUCGUGUUAUUGUCUGGAAUAAGCGCUUAGUAGAUAUUACAGGCUUUGAUACAGAACGAGUACUAGGUCGUCCUCUGGAAGAUUUUAUAUACGGCGGUCAGUGCAAGGAGAAAGUGAUGGCAACGAUUCGAGUUUGUAUUGAAACCAAGAGACCGGAGUUAGAGCUACGUAUUCCACUACGGAAUACAAAGGGACGAAAUGCUCAAGUCCUGACGAAUAUGACACCACUCUUGGCUGAGGAUGGCUCGUGUAUUGGUGUCUAUGGUGUUGGUCAAGAUGUUACAGAGUGGGCGAGUCAGGAGAAACAGUAUGCGACAGUGAUGAUGCAGGCCAAUGCACCAAUCAUUGAAUUGGAUAAAGAAGGCAAUAUUACUGUCUGGAAUACCAAAACAGCAUCCAUGACGGGUUAUACCAGUGCUGAUAUGGUUGGUGAACCACUGCUACCUGUCGUGGACGAAAGUUUCCGCAAGAUCGUGUCGGAAAAGAUUGAUCAGGCAUUGACAGGCACUCCUGGUGCUGAUUUUGAACUGCCUCUUGUAACAGCAAGAGGAUCGAGAGUGGAAAUUGUGCUGUGCUUGACGCCGAGAUUUGACACUCUGGGAUCAGUCAUGGGGGUCGUUGCUAUUGGACAAGAUGUGACCGAAAGGAACACGAAGGAGAUGGAGUACAGAAAACUUAUUGAGACGGCAAAUGCGCCAAUUUUUGGUGUAGAUACGGAAGGACGGGUCGUGAUUUUCAAUGCCAAAGCGGCACAGAUUAGCGAGUACGCACCGGAAGAAGUUAUGGGUGUGGAUCUAGUAGAUACACUUAUUUCGGAAGAGUUUCGACCUGCCGUUGCUGCUGUUUUUCAUAGCGCCUUUCAGGGAACGGAAACCGCAAACUUUGAGUUUCCAUUGGUGACCAAAACUGGUCGAAAAGUAGAGAUUCUGCUGAACGCGACACCUCGAUAUGAUCACACAGGCAAACUAGUGGGUGUCGUUGGGAUUGGACAGGACAUCACGGAUCGUAUUAUUCAGGAGAAGGAGUACAGUCGAUUAAUUGACACAGCCAAUGCUCCAAUUUUUGGUGUGGACUCGAACUAUAAGGUGAUAAUCUGGAAUAAGAAAGCAGCAGCUAUUACAGAAUACACAAAUGAAGAUACAAUUGGUCAGGAUCUGUUCAAGUUCAUAUCUGAAGACUACCGGGAUGCCGUUGCUGAGGUUUUUCUAAAAGCCCUUGAAGGAACAGGAACAGCAAAUUUUGAUUUUCCACUUAUCACAAAAAGUGGUCGUCGACUUGAGAUUUUGCUCAAUGCGACACCGAAGUACGAUCAUUUUGGCAACAUUUGUGGAGCUGUUGGAAUUGGUCAAGACAUCACAGACCGACGCGCUCAAGAGCAGGAGUAUACACGUCUUAUUGAUACAGCUAAUGCGCCAAUCUUUGGAGUGGAUGAAAAGGGGCGUGUGAACAUUUGGAACCGUAAAGCUGCUGACACAACACAAUAUUCGAACGAAGAGGUGCUUGGAGUAAAUUUGGUAAAAAACUUUAUUCCAGACGAUUUCCAGGAGGCAGUGUGGGCAGUGUUAUCCCAAGCGUUGAAGGGGCAAGAGACAGCAAACUUUGAAUUUCCGCUGAUCACAAAGGACGGUCGUCGCGUGGAGAUUUUACUGAAUGCCACUUCGCGCUUUAACGAGAAGGGGAUUGUGAUUGGUGUCGUAGGUAUUGGGCAGGAUAUCACCAUACGUAUGGCUCAGGAGAAGGAAACAAAUCGGCUAAUUCACUCGGCCAACGCGCCCAUAUUUGGCGUAGAUCAAGACGGACGAGUGAAUAUUUGGAAUUUGAAAGUAGCGGAAAUUACCCAGUUUUCUUCCGAAGAAGUAAUGGGAAGGAACUUAGUAAAUCAGUUUGUCGCUGAAGAUCAUCGUGAGUCCGUAGGUUUGUUGCUUCGUAAGGCCCUCCAAGGAGAGCAGACUGGAAACUUUGACUUUCCUCUCGUGACGAAGACUGGACGCAGAGUUGAGAUUCUGCUCAAUGCAACACCACGGUACGACGAGCUGGGACAAAUCUUUGGUGUUACAGGAAUUGGUCAAGACAUCACAGAGCGCAUUGCACAGGAACAGGAGUACAUACGCUUGAUUGAUACUGCCAACGCCCCCAUCUUUGGUGUGGAUAGUGAAGGCCGUGUAAAUAUCUGGAACAAAAAGGCUGCGGAGAUUAUGCAAUACACGACCGAUGCAGUGAUGGGAGAGAAACUCGUGGAAAAGUACAUUACAAAAGACUAUCAGGAAGCUGUAAGCAAUGUGCUGUCUGAGGCGUUGAAGGGUGUUGAGACAGCAAACUUUGAAUUCCCAUUGAUCACAAAGGCUGGCCGACGCGUUGAGAUCUUGCUGAAUGCUACACCACGUUACAAUGAACAUGGUGUUGUCAUUGGUAUGGUUGGUAUUGGUCAAGAUAUCACGGAUCGUAUUGCUCAAGAACAGGAGUAUACUCGUCUGAUCGACACUGCCAACGCGCCGAUCUUUGGUGUGGACAUCAAUGGAAGAGUAAACAUUUGGAACAGAAAGGCAGCCGAGACAACCCAAUAUAUGAAUGCCGAGGUGCUCGGUAAGGACCUGGUUGCCGAGUUCAUUUCGAACAAGUACAAGGUACCUGUGCGUAGUGUGUUGGAAAAGGCAUUUGAAGGUAUCGAGACAGCCAAUUUUGAGUUUCCGCUCAUCACGAAGGCAGGUCGCCGAGUAGAGAUCUUGCUGAAUGCCACGCCACGCUAUAAUGAGCAGGGAGAGGUGAUGGGUAUGGUUGGUAUUGGUCAAGAUAUCACAGUGCGAAUGGCACAAGAAAAGGAAAAGAAUCGGAUGAUUCAUUCGGCAAAUGCUCCAAUCUUCGGUGUAGAUCAAGACGGACGAGUGAAUAUUUGGAAUCUGAAAGUAGCGGAAAUUACCCAGUUUGCAUCGGACGAGGUGAUAGGGCAAGAUCUGGUAAACUGUUUUGUUGCUGAAGACCACCGCAGCGAAGUUCGGUUCAAUCUCCGGAAAGCUCUUCAAGGAGAACCGACUGGAAACUUUGACUUUCCUCUCGUUACGAAGACUGGACGCAGAGUUGAGAUUCUGCUCAAUGCAACACCACGGUACGACGAGCUGGGACAAAUCUUUGGUGUUACAGGAAUUGGUCAAGACAUCACAGAGCGCAUUGCACAGGAACAGGAGUACAUACGCUUGAUUGAUACUGCCAACGCCCCCAUCUUUGGUGUGGAUAGUGAAGGCCGUGUAAAUAUCUGGAACAAAAAGGCUGCGGAGAUUAUGCAAUACACGACCGAUGCAGUGAUGGGAGAGAAACUCGUGGAAAAGUACAUUACAAAAGACUAUCAGGAAGCUGUAAGCAAUGUGCUGUCUGAGGCGUUGAAGGGUGUUGAGACAGCAAACUUUGAAUUCCCAUUGAUCACAAAGGCUGGCCGACGCGUUGAGAUCUUGCUGAAUGCUACACCACGUUACAAUGAACAUGGUGUUGUCAUUGGUAUGGUUGGUAUUGGUCAAGAUAUCACGGAGCGUAUUGCUCAAGAGCAAGAGUAUACGCGCUUGAUCGACACUGCCAACGCGCCGAUCUUUGGUGUGGAUAUCAACGGUCGCGUGAAUAUAUGGAAUCGAAAAGCUGCAGACAUCAUGCAAUACACCAAUGAAGAUGUGCUGGGCAAAGACUUGGUUGCCGAGUUCAUUUCGAAUGAGUACAAGGUACCUGUGCGUAGUGUGCUGGAGAAAGCGUUUGAAGGUGUCGAGACGGCUAACUUUGAGUUUCCGCUCAUCACGAAGGCAGGCCGCCGUGUAGAGAUCUUGCUGAAUGCCACACCUCGUUACAAUGAACGUGGCGAAGUUAUGGGUAUGGUUGGUAUUGGUCAGGAUAUAACGGAGCGCAUCGCUCAAGAGCAAGAGUACAGCCGUCUGAUUGACACAGCCAACGCGCCGAUCUUUGGCGUGGACAUUAAUGGACGUGUGAACAUCUGGAACCGCAAGGCUGCUGAUAUUAUGCAGUAUACGAAUGAAGACGUGCUAGACAAGGACCUAGUUGCCGAGUUUAUCUCGGAGGAAUACAAGGUGCCUGUGCGCAGCGUUCUUGAGAAAGCGUUCGAAGGUGUAGAGACGGCGAAUUUCGAGUUCCCAUUGAUCACAAAGGCUGGACGUCGUGUAGAAAUCUUACUGAACGCGACGCCGCGCUACAACGAGCAUGGUGAGGUCAUGGGUAUGGUUGGUAUUGGUCAGGAUAUUACGGAGCGUAUUGCUCAAGAGCAAGAGUAUACGCGCUUGAUCGACACUGCCAACGCGCCGAUCUUUGGUGUCGAUAUCAACGGUCGCGUGAAUAUAUGGAAUCGAAAAGCUGCAGACAUCAUGCAAUACACCAAUGAAGAUGUGCUGGGCAAAGACUUGGUUGCCGAGUUCAUUUCGAAUGAGUACAAGGUACCUGUGCGUAGUGUGCUGGAGAAAGCGUUUGAAGGUGUCGAGACGGCCAACUUUGAGUUUCCGCUCAUCACGAAGGCAGGCCGCCGUGUAGAGAUCUUGCUGAAUGCCACACCUCGUUACAAUGAACGUGGCGAAGUUAUGGGUAUGGUUGGUAUUGGUCAGGAUAUAACGGAGCGCAUCGCUCAAGAGCAAGAGUACAGCCGUCUGAUUGACACAGCCAACGCGCCGAUCUUUGGCGUGGACAUUAUUGGACGUGUGAACAUCUGGAACCGCAAGGCUGCUGAUAUUAUGCAGUAUACGAAUGAAGAUGUGCUAGACAAGGACCUAGUUGCCGAGUUUAUCUCGGAGGAAUACAAGGUGCCUGUGCGCAGCGUUCUUGAGAAAGCGUUCGAAGGUGUAGAGACGGCGAAUUUCGAGUUCCCAUUGAUCACAAAGGCUGGACGUCGUGUAGAAAUCUUACUGAACGCGACGCCGCGCUACAACGAGCAUGGCGAGGUCAUGGGUAUGGUUGGUAUUGGUCAGGAUAUUACAGAGCGUAUUGCUCAAGAGCAAGAGUAUACGCGCUUGAUCGACACUGCCAACGCGCCGAUCUUUGGUGUCGAUAUCAACGGUCGCGUGAAUAUAUGGAAUCGAAAAGCUGCAGACAUCAUGCAAUACACCAAUGAAGAUGUGCUGGGCAAAGACUUGGUUGCCGAGUUCAUUUCGAAUGAGUACAAGGUACCUGUGCGUAGUGUGCUGGAGAAAGCGUUUGAAGGUGUCGAGACGGCCAACUUUGAGUUUCCGCUCAUCACGAAGGCAGGCCGCCGUGUAGAGAUCUUGCUGAAUGCCACACCUCGUUACAAUGAACGUGGCGAAGUUAUGGGUAUGGUUGGUAUUGGUCAGGAUAUAACGGAGCGCAUCGCUCAAGAGCAAGAGUACAGCCGUCUGAUUGACACCGCCAACGCGCCGAUCUUUGGUGUGGACAUCAAUGGAAGAGUAAACAUUUGGAACAGAAAGGCAGCCGAGACACACCCAAUACACGAAUGCCGAGGUGCUCGUGUGCUGGAGAAAGCGUUUGAAGGUGUCGAGACGGCCAACUUUGAGUUUCCGCUCAUCACGAAGGCAGGCCGCCGUGUAGAGAUCUUGCUGAAUGCCACACCUCGUUACAAUGAACGUGGCGAAGUUAUGGGUAUGGUUGGUAUUGGUCAGGAUAUAACGGAGCGCAUCGCUCAAGAGCAAGAGUACAGCCGUCUGAUUGACACAGCCAACGCGCCGAUCUUUGGCGUGGACAUUAAUGGACGUGUGAACAUCUGGAACCGCAAGGCUGCUGAUAUUAUGCAGUAUACGAAUGAAGAUGUGCUAGACAAGGACCUAGUUGCCGAGUUUAUCUCGGAGGAAUACAAGGUGCCUGUGCGCAGCGUUCUUGAGAAAGCGUUCGAAGGUGUAGAGACGGCGAAUUUCGAGUUCCCAUUGAUCACAAAGGCUGGACGUCGUGUAGAGAUCUUACUGAACGCGACGCCGCGCUACAACGAGCAUGGCGAGGUCAUGGGUAUGGUUGGUAUUGGUCAGGAUAUUACAGAGCGUAUUGCUCAAGAGCAAGAGUAUACGCGCUUGAUCGACACUGCCAACGCGCCGAUCUUUGGUGUCGAUAUCAACGGUCGCGUGAAUAUAUGGAAUCGAAAAGCUGCAGACAUCAUGCAAUACACCAAUGAAGAUGUGCUGGGCAAAGACUUGGUUGCCGAGUUCAUUUCGAAUGAGUACAAGGUACCUGUGCGUAGUGUGCUGGAGAAAGCGUUUGAAGGUGUCGAGACGGCCAACUUUGAGUUUCCGCUCAUCACGAAGGCAGGCCGCCGUGUAGAGAUCUUGCUGAAUGCCACACCUCGUUACAAUGAACGUGGCGAAGUUAUGGGUAUGGUUGGUAUUGGUCAGGAUAUAACGGAGCGCAUCGCUCAAGAGCAAGAGUACAGCCGUCUGAUUGACACAGCCAACGCGCCGAUCUUUGGCGUGGACAUUAAUGGACGUGUGAACAUCUGGAACCGCAAGGCUGCUGAUAUUAUGCAGUAUACGAAUGAAGACGUGCUAGACAAGGACCUAGUUGCCGAGUUUAUCUCGGAGGAAUACAAGGUGCCUGUGCGCAGCGUUCUUGAGAAAGCGUUCGAAGGUGUGGAGACGGCGAAUUUCGAGUUCCCAUUGAUCACAAAGGCUGGACGUCGUGUAGAGAUCUUACUGAACGCGACGCCGCGCUACAACGAGCAUGGCGAGGUCAUGGGUAUGGUUGGUAUUGGUCAGGAUAUUACAGAGCGUAUUGCUCAAGAGCAAGAGUAUACGCGCUUGAUCGACACUGCCAACGCGCCGAUCUUUGGUGUCGAUAUCAACGGUCGCGUGAAUAUAUGGAAUCGAAAAGCUGCAGACAUCAUGCAAUACACCAAUGAAGAUGUGCUGGGCAAAGACUUGGUUGCCGAGUUCAUUUCGAAUGAGUACAAGGUACCUGUGCGUAGUGUGCUGGAGAAAGCGUUUGAAGGUGUCGAGACGGCUAACUUUGAGUUUCCGCUCAUCACGAAGGCAGGCCGCCGUGUAGAGAUCUUGCUGAAUGCCACACCUCGUUACAAUGAACGUGGCGAAGUUAUGGGUAUGGUUGGUAUUGGUCAGGAUAUAACGGAGCGCAUCGCUCAAGAGCAAGAGUACAGCCGUCUGAUUGACACAGCCAACGCGCCGAUCUUUGGCGUGGACAUUAAUGGACGUGUGAACAUCUGGAACCGCAAGGCUGCUGAUAUUAUGCAGUAUACGAAUGAAGACGUGCUAGACAAGGACCUAGUUGCCGAGUUUAUCUCGGAGGAAUACAAGGUGCCUGUGCGCAGCGUUCUUGAGAAAGCGUUCGAAGGUGUGGAGACGGCGAAUUUCGAGUUCCCAUUGAUCACAAAGGCUGGACGUCGUGUAGAGAUCUUACUGAACGCGACGCCGCGCUACAACGAGCAUGGUGAGGUCAUGGGUAUGGUUGGUAUUGGUCAGGAUAUUACGGAGCGUAUUGCUCAAGAGCAAGAGUAUACGCGCUUGAUCGACACUGCCAACGCGCCGAUCUUUGGUGUCGAUAUCAACGGUCGCGUGAAUAUAUGGAAUCGAAAAGCUGCAGACAUCAUGCAAUACACCAAUGAAGAUGUGCUGGGCAAAGACUUGGUUGCCGAGUUCAUUUCGAAUGAGUACAAGGUACCUGUGCGUAGUGUGCUGGAGAAAGCGUUUGAAGGUGUCGAGACGGCCAACUUUGAGUUUCCGCUCAUCACGAAGGCAGGCCGCCGUGUAGAGAUCUUGCUGAAUGCCACACCUCGUUACAAUGAACGUGGCGAAGUUAUGGGUAUGGUUGGUAUUGGUCAGGAUAUAACGGAGCGCAUCGCUCAAGAGCAAGAGUACAGCCGUCUGAUUGACACAGCCAACGCGCCGAUCUUUGGCGUGGACAUUAAUGGACGUGUGAACAUCUGGAACCGCAAGGCUGCUGAUAUUAUGCAGUAUACGAAUGAAGACGUGCUAGACAAGGACCUAGUUGCCGAGUUUAUCUCGGAGGAAUACAAGGUGCCUGUGCGCAGCGUUCUUGAGAAAGCGUUCGAAGGUGUAGAGACGGCGAAUUUCGAGUUCCCAUUGAUCACAAAGGCUGGACGUCGUGUAGAGAUCUUACUGAACGCGACGCCGCGCUACAACGAGCAUGGCAAAGUGAAGGGUAUGGUUGGUAUUGGUCAGGAUAUUACAGAGCGUAUUGCUCAAGAGCAAGAGUAUACGCGCUUGAUCGACACUGCCAACGCGCCGAUCUUUGGUGUGGAUACAAAUAUGCGCAUCAACAUCUUCAAUCGAAAAGCUCAACAGAUAACCAAAUUUACAGCUGAUGAGGUGGUUGGAGAGAUGUACGUUGAUACGAUUAUUUCACCUGAUUUCAAAUCUAUCACGUCGAACAUUAUGGCUGAGGCAUUGCAAGGAAACGAAACAGCGAGCUUUGAGCUAGCGCUUACGACGAAAACCGACAGAAAGGUGAACAUAUUGCUGAACGCCACAGCUCGAUUCGAUCAGCAUGGGCAGAUUGUUGGCGUUGUGGGAAUUGGUCAGGACAUCACCGACCGUAUUGCACAAGAGCAAGAAUACACGAGGUUGAUUGAUUCUGCCAACGCACCAAUUUUUGGUGUGGAUGUGAAAGGUUGUGUGAAUAUUUGGAACAAGAAGGCUGCGGAAAUCACGCAGUAUACAUCCAAUGAUGUGAUGGGUGAGAAUUUGGUGGAGAAGUUUAUCACAAAAGACUAUCGUGAAGCUGUUCGACUUGUUUUUUCAAAAGCUUGUGCUGGAACCGAAACCGCCAAUUUUGAAUUUCCAUUGAUCACAAAAACUGGCCGUCGCGUGGAGAUUCUGCUGAAUGCGACGUCUCGCUUUAACGAGAUCGGUGAGGUUAUGGGAGUAGUAGGCAUCGGUCAGGAUAUUACCGAACGUAUUGCUCAAGAACAGGAGUAUACUCGCCUGAUUGACACCGCCAACGCGCCGAUCUUUGGUGUGGACAUCAAUGGAAGAGUAAACAUUUGGAACAGAAAGGCAGCCGAGACAACCCAAUAUAUGAAUGCCGAGGUGCUCGGUAAGGACCUGGUUGCCGAGUUCAUUUCGAAUGAGUACAAGGUACCUGUGCGUAGUGUGCUGGAGAAAGCGUUCGAAGGUGUCGAGACGGCCAACUUUGAGUUUCCGCUCAUCACGAAGGCAGGCCGCCGUGUAGAGAUCUUGCUGAAUGCCACACCUCGUUACAAUGAACGUGGCGAAGUUAUGGGUAUGGUUGGUAUUGGUCAGGAUAUAACGGAGCGCAUCGCUCAAGAGCAAGAGUACAGCCGUCUGAUUGACACAGCCAACGCGCCGAUCUUUGGCGUGGACAUUAAUGGACGUGUGAACAUCUGGAACCGCAAGGCUGCUGAUAUUAUGCAGUAUACGAAUGAAGAUGUGCUGGGCAAAGACUUGGUUGCCGAGUUCAUUUCGAAUGAGUACAAGGUACCUGUGCGUAGUGUGCUGGAGAAAGCGUUUGAAGGUGUCGAGACGGCCAACUUUGAGUUUCCGCUCAUCACGAAGGCAUGCCGCCGUGUAGAGAUCUUGCUGAAUGCCACACCUCGUUACAAUGAACGUGGCGAAGUUAUGGGUAUGGUUGGUAUUGGUCAGGAUAUAACGGAGCGCAUCGCUCAAGAGCAAGAGUACAGCCGUCUGAUUGACACAGCCAACGCGCCGAUCUUUGGCGUGGACAUUAAUGGACGUGUGAACAUCUGGAACCGCAAGGCUGCUGAUAUUAUGCAGUAUACGAAUGAAGACGUGCUAGACAAGGACCUAGUUGCCGAGUUUAUCUCGGAGGAAUACAAGGUGCCUGUGCGCAGCGUUCUUGAGAAAGCGUUCGAAGGUGUAGAGACGGCGAAUUUCGAGUUCCCAUUGAUCACAAAGGCUGGACGUCGUGUAGAAAUCUUACUGAACGCGACGCCGCGCUACAACGAGCAUGGCGAAGUGAAGGGUAUGGUUGGUAUUGGUCAGGAUAUUACAGAGCGUAUUGCUCAAGAGCAAGAAUAUACGCGCUUGAUUGACACUGCCAACGCGCCGAUCUUUGGUGUGGAUACUAACAUGUGUGUCAACAUCUGGAAUCGGAAAGCGGCGCAAAUCACAAACUACUCGAUUGAGGAAGUUAUGGGCGAAAACCUUGUAGAAACGUUUAUAUCUCCCGAGUUUCGACCUAUUGUUGCUGAAGUGUUGUCGCAAGCUCUCACAGGAGUUGAAACAGCGAAUUUUGAAUUUCCACUAAUUACUCGACCUGGCACAAGAAUUGAGAUUUUACUGAACGCAACACCAAGGUAUGACUUGAAUGGAAACAUUGUUGGCGUUGUCGGUAUUGGCCAAGACAUUACCGAUCGCAUCGCCCAAGAACACGAGUAUUUUCGACUGAUUGAUACCGCGAACGCUCCGAUUUUUGGUAUCGAUACAAAUGGUCGCAUCAACGAGUGGAAUCAGAAAAUUGAGGAGAUUACAGGCUAUCACAAGUCAAGCGUAUUAGGGCUUUCGCUUGUACACACAUUUAUCACCCCGGAAAGUAGACAGCAGGUUCGUCAACUGUUAAAUCAAGCGCUGAUCGGUAUUGACGUCGGCGAGAUGGAGCUUCCGAUGACAACAAAGCGUGGCGUGUUCCUGCUGCUUCUUGUGAAUGCGUCUAGCAAAAAAGACAUGCACGGAAACAUUCGUGGCGUGAUAGGCGUCGGACAAGAUUACACAGCGAGGAAGCAUAUGGAGUCUGCGAAGGUGAAUUUCUUGGCCUCUUUUAGUCACGAGCUGCGGACGCCACUGAAUGGUGUGCUCGGAAUGCUGGAGCUGUUGAAGGAGCAACCUCUUGACAAAUCAGUUGAGAGAUAUGUGCACAUGGCAUAUGUAUCUGGAUCUCUUUUGCUGAAUUUGAUCAAUGAUAUCUUGGACUUGUCGAAAAUUGAGGCUGGACAUCUAGAAAUAUCGACGGCACCGUUCCAAAUGCAUGACUUGCUGGAUUAUUCGAUCGAAAUAUUCAAGUUCAAAGCUCGAGAGCGAAAGCUUCAGCUUGAGCUGAAGUGCGGUGAUAAUGUACCAAAGGCCGUAAUUGGCGACGUUGUGCGUUUGCGUCAAGUUUUGUUGAACUUGCUGUCAAAUGCAAUCAAAUUUACGAAUGAAGGCACAAUCACAGUCGCGUGCAGCGUGGUGAGUUCUCCUGAGUUGCCACAGCAAUUCAAAAAAUUGCUAUUUCAAGUUAUCGACACCGGCAUUGGUAUGGAUGCAGAGGAAAAGACGCGUCUGUUUUCCUUAUUUACGAAGUUGGAGCGAACACGCCAGAACAAUCCAACGGGUUCUGGUUUGGGUCUUGCUAUUUGCAAGCAGCUAGCGGAGCUUAUGGAUGGGUCCAUCGAUGUUGAUAGUGAGUUGGGUGUUGGUAGUAACUUCUUUUUCACAGUGGUUGUAAGGUUGAUUGACGAGGUGGACCCGAAGCACGCUUACUACUCGUCAGAAGACUUUCUGGAUCCAUUAGUGGCAACACUGUCGCUCGAUACUGUCGGAGAAAACGGUGAAAAUUCAUCGGUGCGAGUAGAGGUCCCAACCCAGGCGCGAAUCUUAGUCGUUGAGGAUAACGAGUUUAAUUGGGAAGUGGUAAAAUGCUUCCUCCAGCAAGAUGAUCACUUGCUGCAGUGGGAGGUGAACGGUUCCGAUGCUGUGAAGGCUUACAGUGAAAACCACACAGAGUUCGAUUUAAUAUUCAUGGAUUGCGAAAUGCCUAUUAUGAACGGUUAUGUAGCUACAGCCACAAUCCGCGAAUAUGAGAUUGCACAUAAUCUUCCGCGCAUCCCAAUUCUCGGCUUAACUGCGUACGCCAUGAGUGGCGAUCGACAAAAGUGUCUCGACUGUGGCAUGGACGAGUUUAUGGUAAAGCCCAUCUCAAAGCUGAGUCUUCGUAAAGCGAUUCGGCAGUGGAUGCGCAUUCGCUAUCUUGGCCAGCAAACCGCUUCUCUGGGAGCUGCGGCACAUGUUCUUGCUUCUACAAAUGAAUCACUUGAGCCUGUGUCUCACUCUACAGCUAAAAGCUUGCCCUCACCAGGUGCACCAACUUCGGUGCCAUCGUUUAUUAGUGACCUUGAGGAUGUUACACUUAUGGAUACUGUGUCAACGGCCAGACUUGCACCUGCAUCACGCCAUAUGCAACAACUGGAUCUUGCUCAGGCCAUUUCAAAUCUAGAGCUCGAUGACCCAAUGUCGAUAGGUCUUCAAAGUGGCCGAGCUGUUCGAACUGCUACACCGACGACGUCAAUCUUCAGCUUGGGUCCCUCUGUGAACAGCAAUGCUUCACGGACAGCAAACUCAAGUGAAUUGCCGGAUUUACUCAGAUUAUCGAGGAACACGAGCGGUGCUUCUACAACAACGAGUCCGCCGGAGCCUGAGAAACAACCGUCUGAGACGUCAGCGACGCUACCUUCCUUUAAAACGCAAUUAGCGGGAGAAUUGAUUGGCACAACUCUAGGUGAUGCGCGGUCUUCAGUGCCAACAAACCCAACGCUUUGGAGUCAUCCGCCAUUUAACAAGAAGGAAUUACCGAUUGAAGAACCGGAAUCUUGGUGUGGGCUCGUGCCUAAAAAGAAGGUCAGCUUCCAUGAGGACCUUGAUUCUGAUUGGAGCCAUCCAAGCCGAGGAGGACAUAGUAGCAGUAGUGGCAGUGGUAUGCCUUCAGUAUUGGAGCGUAUGGAAACUGAUAGUUCCGUGGACGAAGAUAGUCGAGAAGUAGCUGUGGUCUCGCAAUCGAUCGACCUCAUGAGCAUUGAGAUUCCCGAAGGUGACCCGGUGAACUAUUCAUUGGGAGUGGAUCAGUGUGGAGGACAUGAAGAGCUUUUCUUAACAUUAUUGGAGAAGUUUGCAACGACGUCCGAGUCAAUUACGUCCCGAAUCCUCAAAGCUCAUGAACGCAAUGAUUUUGUUACCGCUCGCCGUGAAGCUCAUUCACUCAAGGGAUCAUCGGCCUAUGUCGCUGCUCUCCGAGUGUCAAAGUGCGCUUUUCGUGUCCAAGUUGCGUAUGAACAUCUAAUGGCACAGCAAGCUAACGGUGACGGCUCCGACACGUUAGCUGCAAAGCAAAUUGUAGACGACUCGGUCCGAUUGCUUACAAAAGAGCAGCGGCUGUUACGUGGAUAUCUUGGACGCAAUUUCGAGUUCAAGUCUAAAUCGGGAGUGUAUCAAGUAUCGCCACGUGAACCUUCUGACAGCAAAAAUAGUCAAACUGGUCCAUGUUGUAUCAUGUAA